AUGCCCCGUCGAUACCUGUUACUUCUCUUUUGCACCGCUAUUAUUGUUCUUUAUAUAAACAAAGUGUAAGUCGAACUGAACAUCCAAACUGUUGAAAAUGUUGCUGUUAGGUUCAUUUACGAUCAAUUGAUUCUGGCCAAAAGCUCGUUUUGGAGCAGGCAAGGAGACAUUCGAGAGAUCCGAAAAGAUCCGCAAAUUUACCUCCGACAAGUGGUCCAAACGCACGUGGGCAUCAUCAGUUUCAUCGAAUUCCGAGAGGAGGUUGAAAGGAAAAUGUUUAUAAAACACGAACCACUUUUCAGUUAUUCAAAAAGUUCGGAUACAAUUUGACCAUCCCCACGUAUCCAUUUGUCACUUUGGACUUCACGUUCCCCGUCAAUUGCACAUACGUACACACUUACAAUUUUUCCCGAUAACAUUCUCAAUUUCAGGAAUUUGAAGACUAUUUGAUUCAAGAAAAAGAGCGUACGAACCGUCGGCCGAGGGCCUACAUUCCGGAUGAAGAUACGAAGGAUUUCCUUCUGAACAAGUACAGCGGGGUGUCUUAUGUAGGUCAACAUUGUCUGUCUGCAUAGCAUUUUAUGGAGUUCCAGAAGUACUCGGACGACCGUUUCAAACUGAAUCUCACCUAUAAAAGCUGGGAAAACAUUGACGAUAUCGUGACGUGGCACGCGAGAGAUGUGCUCCGACUCGACGAUGACUUUUCCGCCAGUUCGUCUCAUCAAUUCCUCAGUCGAAUCUCCUAAUUUCAUUCAGUUUCCAUGCACUUCGCCAUGAAAAGCUACAAUAUCCGAGGGAAACGAGGCAUCGUCCUCGCCGGCGAUCAUCCAAUCACCGAAGUUCAGGCCAUCCAGAACGGUGUUGUUUCUUUGAUUCGCACACGGAUUUAUUGUUAUUUCAGGUGCCUCGCGGAUCCUUUCGGUCGGUCAGCCGGCUCAUGAAACAGAAGACAUCACUUCCAUGUCUCUCGCCGACUUCGCUGAGAACCAUAGACGGUUUGUUGGUGUAUGAUCCCUUCGCGAUGAUUGAUCAGUUGCAGAUUCAGCCGAUCUUUCGAUUUCGUCGCCUCCUACGGAACCAUUGAGAGCUUCGGAUUGGGCCGAUUCGGGGAAGUGCUCAAUGCGAACGGGGACUUGCAAGUGAUGACUCUGCUGGAUUGUUCGCUGAAGAGCGGAGGCCUCUUCUUUCUGGGACUCUCCAUCGGACGGGACGCCGUCAUUUUCAAUCAGAAGAGAAUCUACGGACACGCACGGCUUCCGAUGCUUAUUGCAGGCGAGUUAGGGACGCGCUUGCGAAUAUCCGGUCGGACCCUAUUGAGCAUCUAUCUUGAAAGUUGCAGUUUUAAAUAGUGAUUGUUCAAGGCUGGACAGACUUUUGACCGACUUGCAAUAAUCCGAUCGGACCCAAACUUUGCAGGAUUCAUGAACUCAAAUUGAAGUAUCUUGGAUCCUGAUUAUCUGAUCUAUGGAUAUAUGAAUCAAGGGUCGAAAAAGUCGCAAUUUUUGCAUUCGGCCUCAAACCGACCCGGACCAGACGUUCCGAUCUUUCUGAAACUUGAACCCAAAGAUACUUCAAUCAAAGUCCAAGAACCCUGUAAACUUUUGUUGGUCAAAAGUCCAACCUUUGUGAAAAUGAUGACCUGAAGAUUAAUAGGCAAAGAUUCAGGAUUCGAGUGGAUCGGAACGUUUUCGGAGGAAAGCGAUUGGCCGACGAAGAUAACAGCGAGACAAAUCAACCAACUGCACAAGUUCGACCACUUCAAACGAACACUUGUGCUCAGAAAACUUUGA